AUGGGCCCUAAACGUUGUGUCACUCAUAGGGGAAUUCGACGGCCAUCCCAACUAAGAGGGCAGGAUCCUUCUCUUGAGCCGGAGAACCCUCCGAUUCCAGGUCCGGUACCGGAACAGGUUGAGCAGUCUUAUGUAGGAGGUCUAGCAGGAGUUGUACCGGUGAUGCUCACUCCACCGAUUGAUCCUAAUUUUCAGCAGACAUUGGAGUUAUUGGCUCAGGCCUUAUCUAGGACCGGGCAACCCAGAGAUGCAUCUUUGACAUAUACAGACCAGGCUAGAAAGAUAGGGGCAGUGGAAUUUAAUGGUGAUGGUGAUCUCGCCAUGGCUGAAGAAUGGAUAGAGAUGUAA